AACAUGUGGCCCAAUAUCAGCACUGCCCCUUUUCUACUGACUGGAUUCCCAGGUCUGGAGAUCUUUCAUCCUUGGAUUUCCAUUUCUUUCUUUGUUAUCUAUGUCUCUAUACUCCUUGGCAAUGGCACCCUCCUCUUUCUUAUCCGAGAAGACCACACUCUUCAUGAGCCCAUGUACUAUUUUCUGGCAAUACUGGCAGCCACAGACCUUGGAGUGACUUUGACAACAAUGCCCACCGUGCUUGGUGUUCUUUGGCUGGGUCACAGGGAGAUAAACCAUGGAGCUUGCUUCUUCCAGGCUUAUGUAAUCCACUCACUCUCUAUUGUGGAGUCUGGAGUCUUGCUCAUCAUGGCCUAUGAUCGCUUUGUUGCCAUCCGUAAUCCCCUGAGAUACACCUCUAUUCUCACCAAUGCUAAGGUGGUGAAGAUAGGUCUGGGGGUUCUAAUGAGGGGAUUUAUGCUAAUCGUGCCCAUAAUUAUCACCCUCUCUGGAUUCCCUUACUGCAGAUCUCAUGUACUUUCCCAUGCCUUCUGCCUACACCAGGAUGUGAUCAAACUGGCCUGUGCUGACAUAACCUUCAAUAGACUCUAUCCUAUAGCCCUCGUUUCAUUAACUGGUUUUUUGGACUCUAUGCUUAUCCUUAUCUCUUACAUCCUAAUCUUUAAGACUGUCAUGGGAAUUGCCUCAGGUAAGGAGCAGGCUAAGGCCCUGAAUACUUGUGUUUCACACGUUAGCUGUGUUCUGGUUUUUUAUGUCACUGUGACUGGGUUAACCCUCAUUCAUCGAUUUGGGAAACAUGUGCCACAUGUUGUUCAUAUCAUUAUGAGCUAUAUCUACUUCCUCUUCCCCCCAUUUAUGAAUCCAAUAAUUUACAGCAUUAAGACUAAGCAGAUACAGUAUGGAAUCAACCGCCUUCUUGCUUUUCACAGAACUUGA